UAUACGCUACCGCAGAAGGCAAUUUCCAACUUAAGUCGGCUACCUCCGCUAUAAAAACCCUCCUCUCCACCUUGGUUUUCAUACCUAAUCUUCUCCCAAUUCUCUUCUUCCAUUCCUUCCGCUUUUGUCAAGAUGCAGAUCUUUGUGAAAACCCUCACCGGUAAGACCAUCACCCUUGAGGUGGAGAGCUCCGACACAAUCGACAACGUUAAGGCCAAGAUCCAGGACAAGGAAGGUAUUCCCCCGGAUCAGCAGAGGCUUAUCUUUGCCGGCAAGCAGCUCGAGGACGGCCGCACCCUUGCCGAUUACAACAUCCAAAAGGAGUCCACCCUCCACUUGGUCCUCCGUCUCCGUGGCGGUAUGCAGAUCUUUGUCAAGACCCUCACUGGAAAGACCAUCACCCUCGAGGUCGAGAGCUCUGAUACCAUUGACAACGUUAAGGCCAAGAUCCAGGACAAGGAGGGCAUUCCCCCGGACCAGCAGAGGUUGAUCUUUGCCGGCAAGCAGCUUGAAGAUGGCCGCACCCUUGCCGACUACAACAUUCAGAAGGAGUCCACCCUCCACUUGGUGCUGAGGCUGAGAGGAGGAAUGCAGAUCUUUGUCAAGACCCUGACGGGGAAGACCAUCACCUUGGAGGUGGAGAGCUCGGACACCAUUGACAAUGUCAAGGCAAAGAUCCAGGACAAGGAAGGCAUUCCCCCGGACCAGCAGAGGUUGAUCUUUGCCGGGAAGCAACUUGAGGAUGGGCGUACCUUGGCCGAUUACAAUAUUCAGAAGGAGUCAACCCUGCACUUGGUGCUGAGGCUGAGAGGAGGAAUGCAGAUUUUCGUUAAGACCCUGACUGGGAAGACCAUCACCUUGGAGGUGGAGAGCUCUGACACAAUUGAUAAUGUGAAGGCCAAGAUUCAGGAUAAGGAGGGAAUCCCACCGGACCAGCAGAGAUUGAUCUUCGCUGGAAAGCAGUUGGAGGAUGGAAGGACCCUCGCUGAUUACAACAUUCAGAAGGAGUCCACCCUUCACCUUGUCCUCCGUCUCCGUGGUGGCUUCUAAAUGUUGUGAAAUUUGCUAUCAUUUGUCGUUGGUGUCUGGUCUUUAUUCGGUCUGUUGGUCUUUAUUCGGUCUGUUGGUGUCUGGUCUGGUUUUAUCUGCUGUUCUGAACUGCUGCUGUUAUGAAGUUGAUGUUCAUUUCAAUACCUAUUGAACAAUUAGGUGGGGUUUCCCCCCACUACUUAAAUAAAUUGUCUUUCAGUA